UGUGCUCUCAUUGAAACGCCUUGUUGUUCCCAGGCUUAGUAAGAAGUUCACAGGCUUUAUCAGAGAUUAGGAAGAGUAAAGCACGACCACAGCCUCGAAGCUUCAUCUUUAAUUUUCUUGCUGACCAGCCACAUUGACUGGGAAGGAUACAUGUUAGAACUGUAGCCGAAAGACAUUUGGAAUCGAGAAAAGGCUACAGUAGCAACUGGGUUACCAGCAGGCUGGAGGUUGUGUUGUGACUGUCGAGCGUGAACAAGGGAACGGGAGCACACACAUCCAGAAAUGGUUUACUUGAGAGCAUUUUGUCAGACUAUUCGAUUGUAAACUUUCCUUCAUUUCGAUUAAAUUCCCGGGUUUUGAAGAGGAAUACAGUAUAUUUUUUAAAAGGAUAAACUAUGCCGGACCAAAUUACAGUUUCGGAGUUCGUGGCGGAGACAAAUGAAGAUUAUAAAGCGCCAACUGCUUCAAACUUCACCACUAGAAUGUCCCACUGUAGGAAUACGGUGACUGCCCUGGAGGAGGCACUGGAUGUGGACCGAAGCGUUCUGUACAAGAUGAAGAAGUCCGUGAAGGCCAUCUACUCCUCAGGACUGGCCCAUGUGGAUAAUGAAGAACAGUACACCCAAGCACUGGAGAAGUUUGGGGAGAACUGUGUCUACAGAGAUGACCCAGACCUGGGCUCUGCCUUCCUCAAGUUCUCUGUCUUCACCAAGGAGCUGACUGCCCUCUUUAAAAAUCUGUUCCAGAACAUGAACAACAUCAUCACAUUUCCCCUGGACAGUCUGCUGAAAGGAGACCUGAAAGGAAUCAAAGGGGACCUGAAAAAGCCUUUCGAUAAGGCCUGGAAAGACUACGAGACAAAAGUCACUAAGAUCGAGAAGGAGAAGAAGGAGCAUGCAAGACAGCACGGCAUGAUCCGAACGGAGAUCAGCGGGGCUGAGGUUGCAGAGGAGAUGGAGAAGGAGCGGAGGUUCUUCCAGCUGCAGAUGUGCGAGUAUCUUCUCAAAGUGAACGAGAUCAAGAUAAAGAAAGGGGUGGAUCUACUUCAGAAUCUCAUCAAAUACUUCCAUGCACAGUGCAAUUUCUUUCAGGAUGGGCUGAAAGCAGUAGAUAACCUCAAGCCCUCUAUAGAGAAACUAGCCACAGACCUGCAUACAAUAAAGCAGGCCCAGGAUGAGGAGAGGAAGCAGCUGACCCAGCUCCGGGAUGUCCUGAAAUCAGCGCUGCAGGUGGACCAAAAGGAGUCUAGGAGAGAUUCCCAGGUGAGACAAAGCACCACCUACAGCCUGCACCAGCCACAGGGAAAUAAGGAACAUGGGACCGAACGCUGUGGGAACCUCUACAAGAAGAGUGACGGGCUAAGGAAAGUUUGGCAGAAGAGAAAGUGUUCAGUGAAGAAUGGAUAUCUCACCAUAUCACAUGGGACAGCAAACCGACCUCCGGCCAAACUCAAUCUUCUCACCUGCCAGGUGAAACACAACCCAGAAGAGAAGAAGAGCUUUGAUCUCAUCUCACAUGACAGAACAUAUCACUUCCAGGCUGAUGACGACCCAGAAUGUCAGAUAUGGAUCUCAGUGCUUCAGAACAGUAAGGAGGAGGCAUUGAAUAAUGCCUUUAAGGGGGACCAGCAUGUUGGGGAGAACAACAUCGUCCAGGAGCUGACCAAGGCCAUCUUGGGGGAGGUCAAGAGGAUGACCGGCAACGAUGUCUGCUGUGACUGUGGAGCUCCCAACCCCACUUGGUUGUCCACUAACCUAGGUAUCCUGACCUGUAUAGAAUGUUCUGGAAUCCACAGGGAACUGGGUGUUCAUUACUCCCGGAUCCAGUCCCUCACGCUGGACAUGCUCAGCACCUCAGAACUCUUGCUGGCCAAGAACGUGGGGAAUGCAGGCUUUAACGACAUCAUGGAGGCUUGUCUCUCUGUGGAGGAUGUGGUCAAACCCAACCCUGGCAGUGACAUGCAAACCCGUAAGGACUUCAUCACGGCCAAGUACACAGAGAAGCGUUUUGCCAGGAGGAAGUGUCCGGACGGGGCUUCCAAGCUGCACACGCUCUGUGACGCGGUCAAGGCCAGAGACAUCUUCUCCCUGAUCCAGGUGUACGCUGAGGGGGUGGAUCUGAUGGAGCCCAUACCACUGGCCAAUGGACAUGAACAGGGAGAGACGGCCCUUCACCUAGCAGUCCGAUUAGUGGACCGGACAUCGCUACAUAUCGUCGACUUCCUUACUCAAAACAGUGUUAACCUGGACAAACAGACGGCCAAAGGCAGCACUGCUCUUCACUACUGCUGCCUGACUGACAACAUGGAGUGUCUCAAACUGUUGCUGCGAGGCAAAGCCUCUAUAGAGAUUGCAAAUGAGUCUGGGGAAACUCCGCUGGACAUCGCUAGGAGGCUGAAACACCUGCAGUGUGAGGAGCUGCUGAACACUGCGCUGGCAGGGAAGUUCAACGCCCACGUGCACGUGGAGUAUGAGUGGCGUCUACACCACGAGGACAUGGAUGAAAGUGACGAGGACCUGGAUGAGAAGCCUAGCCCCCAUCGGAGAGAGGAGCGCCCGGUCAGCUGCUACACCCCUGGUACCACCACCCACCUCCAGCCAAGUCCAGCCCCCCUUGCCACUAGCUUGGCCAAGGACAAGCAGCGUGGAGGCUACAUGCCCAACCUGGUGAACAACGAGACCUAUGGCACCAUCCUCACCGCCAAUGCCCCCGCGCGGGGUGGCCCCUCCACCACGCCAGCCCCCCCUCUUCCUCCCAGAAACACUGUCCAGUUGUCAGGUCUGGGUGGGAUGAUCCAUUCAUCAGGAUCACCAGGGUGGAAGUCUGGCUCUGUUGACCUAGGGGGCCGCCAGAGGUCGUCCUCGGACCCCCCCAACAUGCAUCCUCCAAUACCCCCCAUGCGGUUGACCUCCACCUCUGGUCUCGCCCCUCCUCCAGUGGCCAAGACUGUGAGUGUGAUGGAGGCUAUGAGCCAGCAGUCCAAACCAGGGUUGGGGAGGGGCCACAACAGAGCCCCGCCUCCCAAGUCUCCAUCUGUCAAUGACAAAAGCUUCAACAAAAUACCAACUAGAACAGGGUCAAUCGAAAGACGAGCUAAGGAAGUGCCAGGAUGCCCCAGGAACUCAACAGGCCACACACAGCCUCCCGCUCCCGUGCCUAGGAAGACCAAUCCUAAGCAGAGGCCCAAGCGUGUGAAGGCCAUCUACAACUGUAUGGCGGACAACCCAGAUGAGCUGACCUUCUCUGAGGGAGAGGUGAUCAUUGUGGAUGGGGAAGAGGACCAGGAGUGGUGGCUGGGCCACAUUGAAGGAGAACCAAUGAGGAGAGGAGCUUUCCCUAUUACCUUUGUACACUUCAUCCUGGACUGAAGGUCAACAGAGGUCAACAUAUAGACUGACCUGGAACGUCCCUCCCCUUCCCCAUGUCUGCUGGUUUAAUCACCAUCACCACCAUUAUCAUGUAGCUUGUCUGUGGGUUGCCAAGACAACUGACACGCCCUUCACUCCGGGAAAGUCACAUGACAUUAUAUCCCUUCUUUUAACUAAUCUCUCCAAGGCUCCUGGGAUGGAGAAAACUGGACUCCUGACCCCAUCUGACAUAAAACAAUGAUUGUAGUAAAGUGACCUCUGGCAAUAAAAUGCACUUUCCACUUAUUUAUCCAAGUUGGGACAUUAAGAGGAGUAUUGACAAAAUGAAGGUUGUGUUUGGGUGUUUAUCAGCAUUUGUCUGUGUUCAGUUUGUGAAUAAUUUUUUUAAAUAUCUGACAGAGAGGACUACAGACAGCAACAUGUUUCUUUAGGAUGGAUUUUGCUUGUUGUUAAUGUGAAUAUAGUCAAUAUACUUACAUCUCCUUGCAUGGUUAAAAGGUAAACCAUUUUUUAAAACACUAAACUGCUUAAUAGUUAAAGAUAUGUAAACUUUAUAGGACUCUCUCUCUGUGGGAGGCUAACUUGGUGCUAUCCCAGGAAUAUGCUAGUAGCCCCAGGGGGAUCACUGAGCCCUUCACCAGCCGCUCUGUGUAACAUGGUAAUGGUCGCUUCGAGUAGAAAUAGGCCUCCAUUUAUCAUUCUCUGCGUGUGUGUGUGCGUGUGUAUGUAUGUGCGUGUGUGUGUGUGUGUGUAUAUCCUCUGAAAUCCAUAUCAGUCACAGCAAAUCAUCUCCAUAUAGUUGGCAUGGAUAUCAUACAUGAGUUAUAAAAUCAUACCUCCCUGAAAGAUCUCUCCUCUACCUUAGUCAUUAGAGAAACGAUCACACACUACGAUGUCCAUUGUGGUCUUCUUCAGUAGAGCUGAAGAAGAAUCCAAUUCAGUUGAGAAAUGGUUCCCAAAGUAAACAAAUCGGGGAGGAGCCUACAUAAUUUGUCCACUUGUUUACUUCUCAAAAUAUUUCCUGAGACAGUGUGAUGAUCCUCUGUACUGGAGGAGGGAGUGGCUGAAGGGAAGAGAAGUGUGUGGCUAGCUUUCAGGUUUAUCUCUGGUUUCUGAACCUCAGGAUGUGAGAAUGGGGGCUCCUGAUGUCUGAGCCUCUAUCUGUUGUGGACAGCAGGUUACCAAAUGUGUCCCUCACACAAUUUUAAUUCUACUUAAAAUAAAAUAACUAAAUUUUCCUUUUAGGUAUCAUUUGGGGACGACACUGUCAGAUUACUCAUUUGAAAGGACAAUGCAUAUUUUAAAACACAAACACACACAUCGUAUUAGUAUUCAAUUUACCUCAUCGAGCUUAGACUAGAAUUCUGCCCUCUCCUAAACCUUAAUUACUAGCUGGGAACAAAAUUAGUUUAAGAAUCCUUUGUUUUAUACAGUUCUCAAACUUAAGAGCCAGGCAGAACGUUUUAAAAUAAAUUCUUACAGAGCAUUUUUAUGUAAUAUGUCUGGUUUUGGUUGCUGAGCAACUCUCUGUGUACAUGUUGUUUGACAUUUAGAGCUUCCAAUGUGUAAAUUAACAUUUUGGUUCCUGGUUUCUAUAAAAACCCAACUCUGUGGUUUGCUUCCCUUUCAGGUUUGUUAACACAGGAUUAAAAAUACAUGAUGUAAAUACUGUGGUGGGUUUGAAUGAAUACCAGCCUUGAUCUGGAAUGGGACAGAGUACAGUAAUAUUGACUAUGAAUGACAAGAGGUGUUACAUGUUAAAAUGUAUGUGCCACACAGCACCUUCCUGCUCAUUCAUUGGUAAUGGGAAGGUCUAUCUGUACAUUUACAUUCAUUUUGAUUGUUGAUAUUUAAAUGUAUAAAAUAAGUUAAUAACCAUGACAGGAACUGUCUUUUAUUGCUCUGUGAGGACAUGUAGUUGACAGGUCAUAGUGUCAACUGGUAGUUUACACAAACCAAGGCUGAAGUACUAUUCCAUUCACAACCCUUGACUGUGAAUCAUUGCAUCGACUCUAACCUAUUGUGCAGAAUAAAUGGGAAACUGAAACUGGAAGAAUAAAAUGAGACAAAUCCCUA